AGACCAGGUGCAAGGUCUGAGCGCCGUUUUCAGAUAAGCACUGUCAGCUCCGCAGUCGCAGUGCCGCUGUAGCCGUGCUAGCGCCUUGGCCGUGUAUCCGUGGGUCGCCAUGCCUGCACAAGUUCAUCCGUACACUGUGUUCGGAUUUUCCGAAGACCUUGACUGGUGCACCCUGCACUUCCUCAGACCCGUGGACGACAUCAGAGUGUGCAGUGCAUGCAGACUCGUCGCCAGAAAGAGCGCUUUCCUGCCAUGUCGCCAUGUUCUCUGCGAGCCCUGCUAUGAGCAGUUGAAGUCCCGGGGCCACGUCUGCGUUCUCGACGGCGAGCUCUGCCCUGAAGACGAAAUCCACUGGAGGGAGUUUCCCGUGGAGAAGAUGAUGAAGAGUGAGGUCAGCUGCUUGAACCGAGAGAACGGCUGCCAGACCAGCACGGCGGUUUCGAGCAUAGCCGAGCACUUCCACCGAGACUGUGCGUACCACUCCGCGUGUUGCCCAAAGUGUGAGGCGACGGUUCUUCAGAGAAACAUUAUCGCCCACCUGGAAUCCCACUGCGCCAAGCACGUCCUGACCAGAACGUCCAAACCACCACCUAGCGAAGGAGUUGCGAAGGAGAUGGAAGACAUUCGGAUGAGUCUUCAGGGCUUAGACUCGACAUUUCGAAAUGUAUCGCACAAUAGCACUUCUUUGCAGUCACGGCUUCAGGAAAUCACAGCUGUCCACGAAGAAACUCUCGGCCCUCUAUCGACGAUGGCGAAUGAAAUGAAGGAGGUGUCGCAGACGAUGAGGCUGGCAUUGAGUGCAGUCGAAGUCAGCGGCAGAAGUCAAGAAAAGCAGAUAGCCGGUUUGAAGCUUUUCGGAGCAGGCUUGUGCACUGAGUUGGACGUAAUCGAAAGAAUUGCCGACGAACGGUGUCGUGAAGCCUCAGCCAACGAGGCGACCAUGGAGGGUCAAGAACUCCUCGAGGUCCUGGGAGUUUUGCAGAGUGAACUACAGAGAGUGUCAAGCCAACUGGAAGAAUUAAAGAGGAAGAAGACAACCCUCCGUGAAACAGCAAAAGAGGAAGGUUUGGUCGCCCACGCCUUGUCAGAAGUCUCAACAAGCAGCGUCUUCUUUUCAGGGACAAGAGAAAGUGACAGGAACAAUCAACCACUGGGAACUAUUCGUGUCUUCGAAGAAGUACCGAAGGUUCCCAGCCAAUUCCUAUGGUGCGUGAAGAGGUGGUCGUCGCUCAGGAACGGCAUGAAACUGCGAAACGGCUUCUACGAGCAAGCGGUAGUCAAUAUUCUGAAUGGCUGUGCGAUAAAGUACAGUUUUAAUCUUGUAUAUCACAACUCAUGGUUUAAAUUUUAUGUACAUGUGGAGCAAAAGGUAGAUGCUCCUCUCCCACUAUCAGCCAAAAUGGUUAAACUGCACAUUGUCAAUGAAAAUGGGGGUGACAUGGAAUGCAAGAUAAGCUUGUCACGAGAAAGAGACCAAGGGGAGCUAAGACAUCGGGACUUUGUGUCGGAUUGUAUUCCCAUUCAGAAUCUGGACGAUGGCGCAAGCACUGAGCACGACGACCUAACAUUUCGCUUCACAUUUUUGUAUUGAACCCUGAAGUGGACUCAGGGUGGCGGUAAUAAGGUGAAUCCAUCUCUGUUAAUGGCGAAUCUAACCAACCCAUAUUCAUUGAAGGCAGUAUAGAAGAAACCACCGGGUGCUAUUACGCAAUCUUCUUUGAUAAUAGCGACAUAAUCGGCUUGUAGUAAGUACUCUGCUGUGAAGUGUUACACAUUGUGUGAUACAGUUUGUGAAAGUUCAGUGUCAUACUGCGCGGCGACAUUGACAGCGUUAUGUCCUCUGACUCUUCUCACUCUCGUUUUGACUUGAAGUCAUGUAUUUAUUUUUUAUGUGCCAUUCUGACCUGUGAAUUCCGCCCCACCGAGACCUUAUAUGCCCAAUCAGCUCUCUGUCUGGCCUUAGUCCUUACUUCGUGCUGCUGUAUGUACGGACAACGCUGGACAUAAUUUAUUCAAAUCAGCUGUCUUGCUUUUUUUUACUAAUCUUACUGUGCAUUCUCAUGCCUUCUUUUAUUUUCCUAUUGCUUCAUGCGCAGAAAAGUGCGCUGCCAAUACUGUAUGUCGAUAUCUCUUUCUCCAAUUGUGUUUUAAAUAAAGAAUUCAGCAGAACUGUCGACGAUGCUUUUC